UCAGACUGCUUACACGCCCAAUAGGAAUCGCGGGUUUCCGCUCUCCUUUCUGGGAACGGUAGUCUUUCUGCGACCUCGAGCCACCAGGGUGAAGAGGCAUCCGGCCUGUCGCCAUUUUAGGUCUCCAGCUGCAGAGCCUGAGAACCUCAAGACGCAGGCGGGCUCAUCCCUGGAUCCUGCCCGGCCCCGCCUCCAGGGUGCCUAAAGCCCGCCCCUCGCCCAGGCCCCGCCUUCCCCCACGUGUCUGCGGCCGAGGGGAGGCGCCUGAGCUGGAGCUGCCUCUCCACCUGUCUAGCCGGGUCCUCAUACAGGUUCCUGACAGCGUCUCCCGGGAGCGGUCCCGGCUGCCGGAUGCUUCCGCCCCGGCUGCGGUGGGCCGGGCUGGACGCUUAGUGCCCGGCUCGAGCCCUGCCUGAGGCGCCCGCGGGGGUGGCAGCGUCUCCGCCCCGCGGAGACCGAGCGGCUGGAGAACGAGGCGGCGGCCGUGGGGAGAAGGAUGGGGGCUAACCAGUUAGUGGUGCUCAACGUCUACGACGUGGUGAGUGAGGCACCUGGCGGCCCGCGCCGGCCGGCCCUGUCAGGGGUCGGGACCCCGGCCCGGUGCUUCCUGCCUCGCGCCUCCGCCUCCAGCUUAGUUCUCAGGGGUGGGGGGAGGGGACAGUCGCGCUGUCUUCUAAUCCCGAGACUGGCCCGCGCGCCUCCUGGAGGUGUCCCAGUCAGUCCGAAAGAGGGCUUGGGCUCGAGCCUCGUCCCAGCCCUCAGCUCCCCUGGCUGUGGGCCCGACCCCUGGGCGGAUGAGCCGUGUCCUAUCCGCGAAGCUUCGGUCGCAGGGCGACCUCCCUCCCAACUGCCACCUGGCCUCUAAGCUGCUCAGCUCCCCUCUGCCCUGCUCCUGCUGGCCCUUGUCUGUCUCCAAAUGCUCGAGGCUUCCGACAACUCUCAAGCCCUUCAAGUCUAGAAAGUCACAGCUUCGAUGCGGAUGCUAGCGUCUCCCCAGAGGUGAACCGGAGCCAAUACACCCUCACCUCCAAGGCAUCCUCAUAAAAAUGAAUGAAGCGAAAAUUUAUGAAGAAAAUAGCGCCGUUGAAUUAUUUAGCGAUCACAGAGGUGAUCCUAGAAUCCGAAGACCACUUUCCAGGUGAUGCAACAGGUGGAUGGCGUGACCGCUAGAGAGGGAAGGACAGCCUUGUUUAUUAAGUCAUCUAACUUUGAAGAACUGCAAACACUCAGGCCAGGGUACUGAAGGUGGAGCAAAGAUUAAGUUCCUUUUGCAGAAAGGAAUGUCUGAGGAGGGAAGCUUAUUGGCUAAACCCUUGGGGCCAACCCAUCUAGAUACCUCGUUAGCAUGGCGAACUCUGUUCUGUGCUGUUCCUGUGGGGUGUCAUAGUCAUGGGCACCAGGACAGGAACCAGGUGCAGUACAUGAGAACACCUGUGGUUCUCAGAUAGGAGAAGUACUGGGGUUUGUGAAUCCUCUCAACCUUCCCAGUUUUUGUCUGGUGAUACGGUUCCGCUUGCCCUACAACACAGAUCAGGUUAAGCAAGACAGAAGACUCAAUACAAACACCAAGCUCUAUAUGUUGUCUGAAGAUCUUGAUAGCAUCAUAUGUGUGGUGAUUUGAGUGAAAUGACACCCCCUGUUUUGGUCCUUUGAAUACUUAGUGUCCCCAGUUGGUGAUGUUCUGUGGCAAGAUAUAGGAGGUAUGCUUGAAGAGUUUGAAGACUCAGGCACUUGGAGCAUGCCUUCUGCCUACACUUCGAGAUAUAUGCUCGAAAUGAAAACUUGAAUUUGAAAUUUAAAAGUGAAAAUUUAAAUGUAAUAUCUAAUAAUUUGAGGAGGGAAAUAGUUGAUAGAAAUAGGAUAUGGGUCUUCCUAUCAAGAGCUAACAUAUUUUUUUAAUUUUUUAAAAAGGAUUUAUUAUUAUAUAUAAGUAUAUUAUAACUGACUUCUGACAUACCAGAAGAAGGCAUCAAAUCUCAUUAAAGGUGGUUAUGGACCUUCAGAACUCAGGACCUUCAGAAGAACAGUCAGUGCUCUUACCUGUUGAGUCAUCUCACCAGCCCUAAAACCUUUUUUUUUUUUUUUUUUGGUUUUCUGAGACAGGGUUUCUCUAUGUAUCCCUGGUUCUCCUGGAACUCACUCUGUAGACCAGGCUGGUCUGGAAUUCAGAAAUCCACCUGCCUCUGCCUCCCAAGUGCUAGGAUCAAAGGCAUGCACCACCACUGCCAGGCAAGAGCUAUUUUUUUUGUUUGUUUGUUUGUUUGUUUUAAUGGUUUAAGAACUUUAUUAUAGAAAUGCAGGGAGAAAGAGAGAAGGUAGAAAGGGGGAGGGAGGCUAGAGAAAAGAGUAAGAGGGAGGAGAGGAGAGGACAAAGAGGAAGGAGAGAGGAGAGAAGAAAAAGGAAAGCAGUGUGAGGAGUGAGAGAAGUGAGAGGUGAGAGAACAAAGGAGUGAGAGAGAAGACCUAAUAUUUUUAAGAGCCAACAUUUUUAAGGGUUUUUUUGUUUACCAGCCAUUUUAAGGAGAAAGGAAGACAGAUGAUACAUGUUAUGUCAAAUUAAAGCAAGUAACAAAAGAAAGGAACUCAAAGGGUGAGGAAGGAGAAAGAAGAAAAACCUGCCCAGAAUGUAGUGGUAGGGCACAGAUGUACUCAAACUGUACUCUCAUCCAGCAUGUUUUCUCCCUAUAAGGCUGGGGCGUGGAUUACAGUGGUUCUCAACCUUCCUAGUGCUGCAACCCUUUAAUACAGUUCCUCAUGAUGUGGUGACACCAAACAAAAAAUUAUUUCAUUGCUACUUCAUAGCUAUACUUCUGCUAAUAUGGAUAUUGAUGUAAAUAUCUGAUAUACAGGAUAAUUAAGAUGUGACUGGUGGGAUUCAUGACCCACAGGUUGAGAACCACCAACUUAGCGCCAAGGCCCUGGAUUCCAUCUGUUGCACUGAACAAAGGAAAGGAACAUGUUUCUCAGUCUGUCCAGCUCUCGAACUUCUCUGAACUUCAAUUUCCUCGGUGCGCUCUGUAAUUCAAAUGAAUAGGAACUAAAACAUAAAACAAAAUCAUAUUUCCUAAACUGGUUUUCUGUGGUGGUUAAUUUUAAUUGUCAAUUUGUCUGGGCCAUGGUAGCAGUCCGUGUUGCUGCCCUAGGUCCCGGAUUUGCUGGUCUCCACAGUCUUAGGAGUUAGUUCCUUGAAAUACUCUUUCACACUUGCCCAUGGAGUGGGGUUAGAUUCCACAGCCUUGCAUCAGUCACUCUCUGCUACACUUGUAGUUGCUCUAAUUCAAACAUCUCUAUGUACUCCAUGCUUCAGCAGCUGAACGUGGCUAGAGAAAAACACAUACCACAAGACCAGUAAAUGACAAGGUGUCUAUUUCCUUUAAAUCCAUCCCUGUCAAGCCAUUCAAAAUAUCAUCACAUAAAGACCAAAAGCUAUUUAUUGUGUUUCUCAUCUUUAAGUAUCAAAAAGUUAUAUAUCUCUCUUUAUUAUCAAUGUAUUACCUGAUCUGGAGCCCUUUGUACCUUUGUCUCCCUCUGAUGUUUGAUUCAGACCACUGUAGUCUCCUCUGAUUCUUUUAUUCACUGGGAGGGGCUGACAGUAGAAAGACCCUUGGCUUCUAUGCUUCUGUUUGGGUUGCAGCUGGCUGUGUGUGCUUGUGUGCUAAUCUCAGGCAGCCUGCAGCACAAGGAAGCAGUCAGAAGAUCCAGUCUGACUGUCCAUUUCCUGUGUAGACAAGGGAACUUAUGGGGAAAUGAACACAGAAAGGCUUUCUCGAACGUAGAUGCCCUGAUCAGUUCAUUGUGUCUGCCUGAAAAUUACCUCACAGGCAGUUGUGCUCCAGGGUCUACUGUCACUCCCUUCGAUUCUUACACAGUACUGCCAAGUCCAGCUCCAGGCUGGAGUGCUGCCCCUGGAUAUAGCUCUCUGCCUGGGGGUUGGGAGAAGCUUCUCUGCAGUUGUCUGUAGGCCCCUCAGACCCAGUCAGCUUUCAAUCCAAACACUGCUACAGUGUAGAUUGCUGCCCCAACUGGGUAUUGGGAGUUGGCGGGGGGUGGGGGGGUGGGGGGUGGGGCAGUUUCCUUUUAUGUCAGGUUAGUUAAUAGUUGAGUUCUAAUCGAUACAUUGGGUGCCAAGUUGUUGUGGUAAAUCUCCAACCCAAAUAAGCUCCAUGUAAGGAAAACAACUCAAUAUGAAUACAAGCUACAUGCCUAGAUUGGGCAGAUCUACCACUACACUACUAUAUUCCCCAUCUGUGAUAUCCCUUGCAGUUUGCAGUUUCUCUAGGGCAUGUGCUUCUGCUUCAUUUUCCUUCCACCUCUUCCUCUUCUCUCUUCAUCUCUCUCCUUCCUCUUCUCAUCUCGCCCUCCUCUUCUCUCUCCCUCUAAAACUUUCAGCUCCUCCUCCCCUUCCACUGCCCAAUCACUGUCUCUAGCCUUUAUUUUACAAGUUAAAAUGGGGAGGUUUACAUGAAGUCACCUGAGUACUUGAUUCACCCCUUUUUCAAGGCAGCUCCUUUUGGGGAAGUGAAAUUAGCAUCAAAAUACAAACUGCACCUGGGCAAUCAACACAAUGGAUCAAAUUGCUCUUAGAGUGCUCCAGAGGGCAGAGCUGGAGAAGUGACACCACCCCUUUGGAGGAGCCCAGAAGAUCAUGUGUGGAUCCCAGACAUUGAAACAAGAAGUUGUAACAUUGAAGUGGCCUUGGAGACCCCAAGAUGUCCUAGAUGCCAGAGCCGUGGGCUAUCUGCUGAGGAAAGCUGCUAACAGAGAAUGGAACCCACCCAUGAGAAAGAAGUUAUUGCAGUCAACAAAGAUGAAAGAGGAGUUGGAGAUCUGAAGACCACGUAGACAUCAGACAGGGAGAUGUAGAGUUUGGAGGUUGCCCAGCUGGUUUCCUGUCUUGCUUUGGGGAUUAAGUGAUUGGAUGAAUCUCAGGAGAGACUUUGAAAUUCGACUUUUAACAUUGUUGAGACUGCUAUAGACUAUGGGGACCUUUCUAUUUGGAAUAAAUGUAUUUUGUAUUAUACUAUUUAGGUAUGGCCACCUUAGGCUCACAUGUUUGAACAAGCCUAUGAGGGCUAGGGAGUGGAAUGUAAUGGUUUGUUUAUGCUCAGUCCAUGGCGUGGCACUAUUAGAGCAUGUACCCCUGUUAGAGUACGUGUGUCACUGUGGGUGAGGGCCUUAAGACCCCCAACCUAGCUGUAUGGAAGUCAUAAUUCUGCUAGCAGUCUUCAGAUGAAGAUGUAGAACUCUCAGCUGCUCCUGCACAAUGCCUGCCUGGAUGCUGCCAGGUUCCUGACUUAAUAAUGGACUUAACCUCUCAACCUGUAAGCCAGCCCCAAUUAAAUGUUGUUUUUACAAGAGUUGGCUAGGUCAUGGUGUUGGUUCACAGCAGUAAAACCCUAACUAAGGCACCUGCCCAUCUACUUUCUGCCCUGUAACAACCUCAGGUGAUAAGUAAAUAUACUCUGACCCUUGCAGGAAUCCCUCUGCAGCCUUUCCUCCCAAGUAAUGGUGUUAUCCUGUCUGAAGCUGCUCAAGGCUUUCUGCCUUCCUUCUGUCAUUUUAACCAGAGCUGCUGGCACUUACAUUUCUGAGCUCUACAAAGGAGACAGUUAAAUUGCUAAUGAACUAUGCCUUAAGUUUUAAGUAUGACAGUGUCAGGAUCCCUUUGAUCCAUGUUUUCUCUCCACUAGCACUUCUUUCUCCACCUUAAGCCUGCACAAUGUACCUAUGAUGAGCCAGCCUGCCUCCACUUGGGUUUAAAGGCCAUCUUUUUUUUUUUCUUUUUCUUUUUCUUUUUUGUUUUUUUUUUGUUUGUUUGUUUGUUUGCAAUUUCAGUGUCUUCAUUAAAAAAAACAUACAACACAAAACAACAAAAACAAAACAAACUAGGUAUAAAAGCCUUUGUUCCAAAUAGUAUACAAAUGGUUUUUUUCUUGUUUGUAUUUUAAAGAUUUAAGAAAUUUCUUAUAUCAUAAAUAAAGGAUUUCUUCCUCAAUUGACUUUUUGUAGUGCAGCAUUAAAAAACCCAAGUGUAAAAGUGUAGAAAUUUGUCAUUUAGAAAAGAAAAAUUUUUUAUCAAUGUAGUGUUUCGUAUGUAACAGCAAACAACCAUUACAGAUUAUACUUUCUACAAUGGGGUAAAACCUGAAACAUUGUAGUUCAUAAGCCUCCGACCAUAUGCAAAAACAGCUAUUUCUCAAAAUAGACUUAGCUUUAGUCACAUAAACGUGAGGGUCUCAAGUUUUAAUAUUUAGCUCGAUUAAUAGUUCUAAAUGCAUUAUGUUUAAGUUGAAAAUAAUCUACAACAAUAUUCAACAUUAUAACCCAAAGCUAAUACAACUAUCUUCCAUGAUGAAAUGAGACAUGACAGCACAGUAUGAGAAACAAAACAUUCAAAUGAGAAUUGUUUGUAUGUAUGUGUUUGGAGUUUUUUAGACACAGGAUAAUACGAAGUUCUUGUUGUUGUACUCCAUGUAUAGUCAACUCCCAAAAUUACCAAUAGCUACUUCCAAAAGUAGCUGCUAUCUUUUGUAUAUUUUCAGUGAAGUAGUUUACAUCUGUAACAAGGAUUCCAUUAUUUUCAAAGAUUUCUGUGGAAACUGUGGGCUUGUCUGUUAGGAAGACAGCAAUCCUGGCACUGAUAUGUUGAAUUUGCAGGUUUAACAAGCAUUUCAAAAUUCCAGCUUUUGUUGAUGAUGGAGAAUCACAGUUGUGAUAAUGAAGUAAGUCAAUGAUUUUUCUGUUCUUUUUAAUGGGGGAAACAGGAGUGCUCUGCUCUGCUAGCAUACCUUCAUGCCAGAAGAGAGCGCCAGAUCCCGUUAUAGAUAGUUGCUGUGAUUGUAACCAUUGUGUCAUCUCACCAGCCUCUUGAAGUCAUCUUAUAGUUAAAGACAAAGUAAGUUCAUUCCUGUUUAUGGUUACACCUGUGCUUCUCAAAGACAGGUCUAGGCCCCACCUGUAACCUUAACUUCAAAUGGUUCUGUACUGUAUGUUCCAGGAAACAACCAUGUCUUUGUUUCAAAACCCAACUGUCUCACAACCCUCUGACUACCCGAUUCCACCCACCUUAGAAUCACGUCUUUGUUCCCGGAGGUCCUUAGGACUAAAUUAUUGCUUGUUAUGCUUAUUUUCUCCUCGAGGAAGGCCACCUGUUUUGUUCACCAGACCCCCCCAUUCAGUAACCCCCUUACCCGAGCUCUAUAAUGUCCAACACUGACCUCUCGAACACGACUGUGGAUUGGGGGAGGCAAUGUAUACAAAUAAAAAAUUUGUUUAAUUCGUUGCCUUCUUUAAUUGAUUGUGUUGAUUUGGGUGGGUGGUUUUUCUCCUCCCAUCGUUGGGAUUAACACAUUCCAAGACAGUCUAUUCAGAGAUAGAAUUCAGUGGAUAAGACAAAUACACCAGCCCACACUUUCCUUAUACUAAACUUUAGUUGCGAAUUAAAUUGACUUAGUGUACCUGCACUGCUAGCAACAUUGAGCUGUUUCCUCUUAGAGUGACAUACAAAGAAUGAAGAUUCAGUUGCUCCCUUCAACAUGGAAAUCAUAUGGCUAGGUGAUAAAUGAGUUUGUUCUCAAUUUUAUCCCACGUUUACAAAGCCUUUGACAGCAAAAACGCUAUCCCUGGUAUUGGCUUUUAAUUGCAAGAACAGCCAUGACUAUUCAUUUCUGUUCAUUCUUCCCCAUGAAAGCAAGAAAAGUAAUUUCGUGCUAUCUUUUACAUUAGAUAUAAUAUUUUAUUAAUUACUUGAGCGUUUCAUAGGAACUGCCCUCGUUAGCUUUUUGUCAACUUGACACAAACUAGAGGCACCUGGGAAGAGGUAAUCUCAAUGGAGGAAGUAACUGCAUAACUUGUGAGCAAGACUUUGAAGCAUCUCAGCUGAUGUGAGAGGGCCCAGCUCACUGUGGCUGGUGCCAUUCCUGGCCAGGUGGUCCUGAGCUGUAUAAGAAAGAAGCCCUGGGGAGCAAGCCAGUAAGUAGCCUUUCUUGGUUAAUACUCCAGUUCCUGAGUUCAAGGCCAUCCUAGGCUACACAGAGUUGGAGGCCAGUCUAAUUGCAUCGAAAAACAAAACGAUAAUCAUUUGUAAUCAAUAUAAUUGUUAUAAUUAUUAUCUCUUAUAGGUCUCCUUGGAUUUUUUAAGAUUGAGUUUUUGUUCUGAAAAUUGGGUUCAUGCGUUCACCCAGUAGCUAACUUUCAGGGUAAAACAGGAGACUCCCCGCGCGCGCAUGAGCAGUUAAGCUCUUGUUCCCUGCGCGUGCCCAGCAUGCCCAGUGCAGGGCAACGGAAGCCUGGGAGCUUGCUAGCCCUGCAGGCCUUGCAGAAGUGGUUGCUUAGAGGAGGAGUUGGCGCCAUGUUAGCCCGGCGGGUGGUGGCGGCGCUGCUGUUGUGGCUGAGCUGCUGUGUCUCAGCUCUGUGGAGGUACUACAUAAAUAGCCAAGACUAUUCCAUUUUUAGUACCAGGAGUUCUAUUAAAUUAGAGUAUGAAGGAAACUCAUUUGUGUCAUGGAAAAUACCAGAAAGCUGUAAAGUUGAAAACAAUACAUCACCCAAGACAACACUACACUGCAAAAGGGCUGGAAUUCACACGAUAGAGCCAAUUGCCAGAAACCAAGAAGUGGAACGGCAUCUGACUGUGGAUAAUUCUUAUAUUUGCUACUUGUGGUAUUUCACAGUUGUAGACGUUUAUUACAACUUAAGCCAGAUUGUCACCAUAUGGGUGUAUGAUCCAGAAAGUGCCAGCACUGAAGAGCUGAUAAGGACCGCAAAGAAACCUUCACUGAUUGUCACCAUAUGGGUGUAUGAUCCAGAAAGUGCCAGCACUGAAGAGCUGAUAUGGACCGCAAAGAAACCUUCACUGAAUUCCUUGGUACUAACCAAGCAGAUGAAUACCUUGGGGCAGCGUCCUUUCAUAUUCACAGUUGAGAAGAGGCUCGCGUACCACCCAGGUCCCUUAACUUCAGAAGGAACCUGGGUCAUUCACCUGCCAAUGUCUACAGAUGAUAUAGCCAAAGUGAUACAAGGUAACAAUGUGGAUUUCCAGGACUGUCGCAUUGCAGAUCUCCACUUCUUACUGACCUUUCCCAUGGAGAUUGUGUUGGAGCCUCCUGGAUAUCUGCCACUCACCCUGCCACCUGGAAGUCCAUUGAUGCUUAGCUGGGAUACCUGUAUCUCUACAUUUGCUCUCUUGGCCACUGACCAGGAGACCUUUCAAACAAAUGAUUCCUUUCAAACCUGGACCAGAGUAAGAGCCCCUCCAGGUAUCCUGAGUGAUGCUCAAAGGCACAGUCUGAGGGAUGUGCUCGUAUUCAGAACAGGAAUUCUGUUUCUAGUAGAAACUACUGUUUACCUAAAAACAGACAAUGAAUUUAUAAAACUGGACAAAAGCAGAGGUAUUUCUGAAACUGGAAUUCUUGGCUUGUCAAAAAGAAGAUGGUGUCAGAUUAGAUAUUUAUACAAGAGUGCAGCAGGACGAACUUUUGUGUUAGCUUGGACAAAAAGUGAAGUUUACGGUGGAUUUGGUAAAUUUAAAUUUAUGAGAUUCACAACUACUUCACGGCUAAAAUAUCUUCUAAAGCUCCCUCCCACUGACACCCUGGAAAUAAUUACUGUUGAGUAUUCAUGGCAUCCGCUGGAGGCUGCUGCUUUACUGUCACACUGCUCUGUCUGCACCACCACCAAGAACAUUCGCAUGGUAAUAUUUAAUUCUGCAUAUUUUUCGUGGAAACUCCAGGACUUUGAACUACAAGUGCCCAAGGAGGCCAAGUUAGAGUAUCGCUUUCUUUACUCUGCCAUGCCUGAUAUUAUCGUGUGGGACGAACACCAGGUUUACUAUGGCUACAGAAAUUUUGCUGUUUUUGGAACUAUAACAACAGCUUCAGGAGAGACCAAUCUGUCAUCGUUAUCACAGGGCAGCAACAUCCACCAAGUCCUUACAGAUAGUAUUGGAAAUGUUGUGGUAAAAAUGGAAAAUAAUGUAAUGUUCUACAUCAAGGCUGACAUUACAGAGGCAGUUAUACUACAUACAUGGGUAAACACGACUGCAAAGACAGGGCUUUUCUUCGACAAAUCUUUUGAAGUAUGUAUAUUAUACUAUAAUGAAAAUCUCGACGAGAAAUACCAGUUGCAGACACAGCCAUAUCCCUUAAUUCUGGAGUUACAAAGUAUAAAUAAAGAUUUAGGAGACUGGUGCCCAUAUCUGGCAUUUCAGCACAAUAUUCAUAGUCAGUUUUACCAUAUGGAUAAAGGAGAAAGCCUGACAAUUUGGAGUCAAAUAGUGUACCCAGAAAAUCGGGGUCUCUACAUUGUUCUGGAACACUAUGGCAUGCGUAUACUGACCUGGACACAAAACAUUGAGUAUGAGAUUGCAUCAGGAUUCUGUACUAAAACUUUGAUAACAAGAUUUUUUCAGACAACAAAUUAUGAAUUAGUGGAUAAUUAUUAUCAGUUACAAAAAGAGAACACAGGUCUCCUGGUUUUUCAGUUCCGACCUAGUGAAUUUUCAAGAAUGUGUCCAACAGCCAAACCGGUGUUCGAAAUCGAUGUUGGCUGCGAUUCAAGUAAACACAUUAUGGUUCAAGGAUUUAAUAGGAGUGGAUGUCAACGUCGAGAUUUCUCUUAUGUGAUCGACAAGGAACUUCUGAGAGAAAGUCUAUCUGACAAUUUGAAAGUAAGGUACGACGUGGCAAAAUAUGGCUGCCCUCUCACCCUUGAAUUGGGACAAAUGUUUCAACCCAUAGUAGAAUUGUAUGAUGAAAAUGGAUUUAUUAAAAUAGUUGACGCAAAUUUUAUCUUGUGGGAAAUCCAUGGCAGGAAUGACUACACCUUUAAUUCUACGAUGGAGCAGAAUGGUUGUAUAAAUGAAGCACAGACGUGGGACGCGAUGAUAGAGGAAAACCCUGGCAUCCCACUGGAUGAUGUCUGGGGGCCUCAGAACUAUAGGCCUUGUUUUUCUUAUGCUAUUGGGAAGCCAGGAGACCUAGGCCAACCAUAUGAGAUUCUAAACUAUUCUAAUAAAAACCACAUAAAAUGGCCCAUGACGUAUGCUGGAAUGUAUGUGUAUCGCUUGAAGAUCUUGGAUCCAAACUAUAGCAAUCAGCAAACAUGCUAUAAAAGCAGGACAUCUCAUGUCACCUAGUAAUUGGAUCACUCAGUUUGAAAUUCCAUUCUGGUAUUUUGUCCCCUUGACAUACAUAUUGGCUACUUUUCCUGUUGACAUGACCAAACAUCUGACAAGAGAGGACAUAAUGGGUGAGGGAUGGAUUGUGGCUCAAAGUCUUGUGAGUAAAAUCUACUGUGGUAGAAAAAGCAUAGUGAGGGGAAAGGGAAGCGGCUAGGGAAGAACUGCAGUCAGAAGCACAGAGCAAUGGCGGUCAGGCUCAAUUCUUUCCCAGUCACAGACCCAGUCCGUGCAACUGUGUGAGCCAUGUGAGUGGGUUUGAUGUGGGUCUUCCCCAGUCAGGCACUUCUAGAAACAGCCUCCCAGAUAGUCCCAGAAGGUGUGUUUCCAUGGUGACUCAAAAUGAAGUCAGCCUGACAAUGAAGACCAAGCAUCACACCUAUCAUGUGUUGGGCCCUGGGUUCCCUCCUAGCUCUAUAAGACAGCAGAGGAAAUGAAAGCCCAUGAGAUCAUGUGCUUGGCCCUGGGGGAGACAGAUUCAUAAAAUACAGUGUGGACUGGAACAAUUAGUAAUGAUUAUAUUGGAGGAUUGAGUAAUAGUCUAGUAAUGUGACAUUAUCUUUUGAGAUCUGAGUUCUUCCCUCUAUUACCUGGCAAACAAACAUUACCUGACUGCCACCCUCCUCCCCCCAGAAGAUGUGACUUUUGGUAUGCUAAAAGGCUCACUGAUGACUUAGGUAGUUUUGGGAUACAGACUGAUGAAUGGAAAGACCAAAGCAAAACUAAGAGAUUUAUGAUUUUCCUAUGCCUGUAAGCCUCCAGUGUAUUUAUUUCCAAGGAGGCUGAAAGUUCUUAAGAAGGGCAACAGAGAGGAUUUCCUUCCAAAGGAGUUCUGAGAGCUGCACAUCUCCCAGCCCUGCCCACAGGGAAGAGAAUGCUUCCUCACAAGCAAGGAGAAGCCUUAAGGAAAGGAACCUCUCCUGUUCAUAGGUGAUGGGCAGCUUAACUGAUGCACAGCAAUGCAUGAUGUAAUGUCAGAGCACAAAGGGACUCUUGCCAAUGUAAGGAGACAAUCCAGACCAUUCUGAUGGAAGUACAAGCCAGUCAUCCCAGCUACUCUGAGGGCCCGAGUCCACUAGAUCUCAUGAUCCCAGGAGUUCAAGAACAGUCUGGAAGAGAUUCUCAAAAAUAACAAACUAUAAGGAAAUCAGGCUUCAAGAGUGAAAUAAUCCCAGAGAAAUGGAUAAGUGUAAAAGCCACAAGGGAUCCAGGCCAUGAGAAAUGAUUAAUAGCUGAUCAAGCAGACGAAGUAGCCUGCAUCCUGGAAGGUGCUGGGGGACCAGCAAUGAGAUGGCAUGUCUAAGACAGUCCAUGUAAUGGGUGCUGACAGCUAAUAUUUGGACAAUCAGUACAUAGGAUUCUCAACUAUUAAAAUGGCCAUGUAAACUUUUUAACAUAUUUUUUACUCAUUGUUAGUAAUUUCAUACAUGUUAUAUUAGUCAGGGUUCUGUAGAGUCACAGUCUGUAUAUAGUAAGCCGAUAUGUUGAUGACUUACAGUCUGUAUAGCCCAACUCCCCAACAAUGGUCAGCAGCAGCAGCAGCUGUGAAU